CUCCCAAUAACAGCAUGCUUGCUUUCAACUGAGGCAGGCCUCAUCAUCUCAACAAUGUCGCCUCCAUCAACACCGGCGCAGUCCACGCCAAAGAAGAGGAGGCUAGAGGAUGGCGGCGCAGUCGCAAUCGCUGGCGCAACCACGUCGACUCCAUCGUCAUCACUGCGAGGCGCACUCUCUGGCAUUCGCUCAUGGCUAAGCCCGUGGAGAGGCAACUCCAGGACGAGCGCAGCCUUCGGCCACUCUACGCACGAAGACAUCAGCGCAGAGCAUGAAAAUGAUGUCGAAGAGGGGACUCCUUCGGCAGACGUAUCCAACAGCAUAUACCCGCCUUUGCCCUCUCACGCAACGAUGCCUGCCUUGAAUCGACGUAGGGAAUCUCCUCCGCCUAUUCCAUUCACCUUUACACCGCCCACUCAGCCAGCGGCCAGUGCACCGCGCAGUCACGAAGCGCCAAACGCGUCUUCCUCCUCGCCCCUCUCCCGCAAUUACGCCCUCCUGGCACGCUUCUUUGCUGAAAAGGCGGCAGAAGAAGCAGGCACUUCGAUGAGAGGUGACGAUGAUGAUGGCAAUCGGCUCACGGAAGACGAGGUAGAAGGAUGUCGCAUACUCAUCGAGGAGAGCGGGAGGAGUCCGAGGGAUCUGCAAAGAAGGCUAGGAAUGGAUAGCGGAGAAGAGCCAGAGGACAGCUUCGAGGUGCCAAAGCGCAGGGGAAUGGCAGCAAAGAGGCCGCGGGGUACCGGAAGCUGGCUCAGCCCGAGUCCCGCCGUAUCUCGAGAGGGCACGUCCUUUUCCAUGGACCGCUCUCCACUCGUGCGUGGCGGCCCUUCAUCGGUCUUGUCCCACUCCAUGACGGAUCCAGGCCUAUCACGACGGGCGCCACUUGCUUCUUCAUCCACAGCAAAUCCUUUCCUCAGCGGCCGUACCACUGCAUCACAACAGCCAGUCCGAAGAAGACGGAGGCCUCUGUACUUUGGCCCAGGCAUGUCCUCCACGGCAUCUCCAUUCGCCCCGAGACCUCAGGCAGCAACCCGCGACGCUGCGCCUUCGGUCUCCUCUUCUCACCAGCCAGCAUUAGGCAAGCGACAGCGUCUCGGUGGUCUGCAGGAUGGCGGCGACGACGACGACGAUGACAAUGUGCCACCCUCGACGAGCAUUGCGAAUCUGUGGCAGCCACCACCACAAGAUCGACCCGUCGCCUCAUCAUCCCGAGUCGCACAAGCGACGGCCCCUUCACCGGCAUCCUCUCCGGCAAAGCAAGAAGUCAUGCCACGGUCGUCUGGCCCGUCGAGUCCGGCUCAGACACGUACGGCCAGCGCUGUCCUCUCAAUUCUCGCUCAGCCGGACUUGGCCCGACCCACCCCUUCGCCCGUGCGUCGUACCACUCGGCCGCCCGCCGCAGCUUCCAGUCUAUCAUCAUCGCCUUCGAUGCCGUCGGCUUCUACCUCCUCGAAUGGCUUUCGACCGGAUGGCAUCUUGAAUCCUUACCAAGCAUCACCAGAGCUCAACCUCGGUCAAAGCUCGCAGUCGUCGAUGCGCCGCAGUCGCACCUCCGAGGCAGUCGCAAAGAUGAAGGACGAGAGACGACGCAGCACCAGAUUGAGGAGGAGCGCAGCGCCAGAUGAAUCCUCCGACACAUCGGCUGGGCUGUUGGAGACGAUUGAGAGAACUAAGCCUGCGGGAGGGACGAGUACAAGGCGUGGAGGCACGCGAGAGUCUUCGAGGGCGACGGCGACGGCCACACCUGAGCCUGCGAGAGUUUCGUUCGCACCGACUGCGACGGCGCCCUCGGCAUCACCAUCGCCUUCGACGGGCAAGACUGCUGCAGAGAAGACGGCCGAGGCGAAGCGACGUCUCGAUGCGAUGAGCGCGGCCAAGCCUGCAGAGGGCGAAGCGUCAUCGAGCGACAACCUUGUGCCGCCUCGAUCAGCGCCAUCGACGCCGCCUUCGUUCAACUUUGGCAAGCACGCUCCGCCUAAGCCUUCGCGCCUGAGCAUCGCCUUUAAUGCCAACGAUAGUCCUGGCAACACGGAGACUGCGGACGAGGAAGAAGAGGAAGAGGACGAGCAAGUCGGGGCGGGGGAGGAGAGUGACAUGAGUAUCAUCAAGAGCUCGCAGCCUGUUGCUUCGGCCAAGUCGACGUUUGCGUUUGGCGGUGGAAUGGGUGGCGAAAGCUCGGCGCAUGCACAGCAGGCGACGAAGGCAGCUGCGACCUCAAGCGCGCCGACUAGGGUGGGGAACGACUCGAGCAAGCCAGCCCCGUUCACGUUCAGCGCGCCGGCUAAGACGUCUUCGCCAGCGCCAGCCUUUACGGCACCCGCCUUCAACGCACCCUCUGCGCCCGCGUCCACUGCAUCGCAAUCUUCUACAGCCUCGACGCCUCGCGAGAGGGCGCUCGAGACGGACGUGGCUUCCCUGCCGACCUUCGACCUCCGCGUCAGCGUCACGGCAUCGACGCCUUCGUGGUAUGCGCGAUCGGCCACGACGGAGGAAGAGCAGCGCAGGCAGAAGGCAAGCUCGACUGCCGCUGCAGAUCUGCCAAAGUUCGACUUGCUUCAAGGCGAUGCGAACACAGGGGAGGCAAUGAGCUCGACGACGGCCCCGCAGACGGUCAUAUCAAAGCAGGAGCAGCACCGAGCGCAGGCUCAAGCCACCAGCGCCACUCAACUGCCCACCUUCAACCUGUUCGGCAACGGCAACGGAACUCAAGCCUCAAAGCCAGCGGCCGCGCCACCGGCGGCGAGCCAGUCGGCGCAGGCAGCAGUGGCGGCGGAGCCUGCACCGAGUGGCGGCGAGACCAGCGAAGGUAGUGGUGAAGGAAGCAGCUCGAGCGCCUUGCUGGGUUCAGGCGAGGGCGAGGAGGGCGAGACGACGGUGUUCGAGGUGCGCGCCAAGUUCUGGAAGUUUGCGAGCGCCAAGUGGGAAGACCUCGGCGUAGGCAUUGCUCGCGUCAAGCGACCGUCAAGCACCGCAGCGGAUCAAGGCGGCUCGCCACGACGUCUGCUCGUCCGUAACGCCGGCAAUGGCGCGGUGACGGUCAAUUUUAACCUCUUUCCCGACUUUAAGGCGACGCAGAGUGCGCAGUCGCUCGGCUUUACGGGCUUCGACGCCGAGGGCAAAGGUCAGCCGAUGCGCUGCAAGGUCAAGACGGCGGACAGUGCGGGAGAGUUUGUGCAGGUGUUGGAGCGAGAGGCCAAGCUCAGCUAGCUGAGCGUGCGAUGGACAACAGGUUAAUGCAAUCUCGUCAGCAUCGAGCGCGUGUCUGCGCUGCGUGAGCCGUGACACUCCCACCCGCAGAUGACUGCCAUCCCCGAACCCCUCUAUCGCAAACCUCCUCAUUUGACGUCCUGGUCGCAUCACAAUGGCCAACGAUCGUUGAAGCAGGCAGGAAGAUUGAUGGAAGGCAGCUACGGCAGCCGUCCUCGCGGGAUUUCGGACGUGUGGCAUGGAUUCACGCUCAUGAGCCUAUUG